CCUGCGAAGCUGUGGCCCCCUCUCUGCCCUUGCGCUGAGAACCGUGGGUACCGAUGGAUGUGGCCGAGAGCUCUGACCUGGACCCUCUCUCUCCAGAGGAUGAAGAGGAGCAGCAGAGGCUCUCGGACGAUGACAUCUUGAGGGAAAGUGCGUCUGAGCAGGAUCUGGAUGGAGCCGGGGAGAGGGCUUCUGACAUGGAGGACGAGGAGAACAUUGCCCCGGGAAUGAGGCAGGAGGAAGAGGAGAGUCGCCCUGACGAGGAGGACUGGGACUCUGAGUCUCAGGAGCUGAGCGGGGGCCCGGCCAGCCCUCCACAGGCCGAGGGGGACCAAGGGGAGGAAGACCGCACCAGCGACCUGAGGGACGAGGCCUCAUCGGUCACCAGGGACCUGGAUGAGCACGAGUUAGACUACAACGAGGAGGUCCCUGAGAAGCCGGCCCCCGCCACGCAGGAGGAUGAUACCGACAAGGCCGGGCCCGAGGAUGACAAGGAGAGGGGAGAAGGGGCUCCCGGGGAGGACGGGAAGGCGGGCGUCCGUGGCAUGGAGGACAGGGAGCCAGUGGAGGCCACCAAGGAGAAAAGAAAAGAGGACGACGAUGGAGAGAUCGAUGAUGAUGACCUGUAGGAGGGUGAAGUGAAGGACCCCAGUGACAGGAAGGUGAGGCCUCGUCCCACCUGCCGAUUCUUCAUGAAAGAUGUUAAAGGGAACUGUACCUGGGGCAUGAACUGCAGGUUUAUACACCCUGGAGUCAACGGCAAGAGCAACUACUCCCUCGUCACCAAAGCCGAACCUUUCCCGCCCAACGGUGCCCCGCCUCUCGGACCUCACCCUCUGAUGCCUGCCAACCCGUGGGGUGGGCCAGGACUGGAUGAAAUUUUGCCUCCACCCCCUCCAGAGACCCCUACAGAGAGCGAUUGGGAACGAGGACUCCGGAAUGCAAAGGAGGUUUUAAAAAAAGCAACCAUUCGAAAAGAACAAGAGCCUGACUUUGAAGAGAAAAUGUUUACGGUGAUCAUUGGUGAAGAUGAACGGGAGUUUGACAAAGAAAACGAAGUUUUCCGAGAUUGGAACUAUCUGAUCACAAGAGAUGUCAGAGACUCAGCACUUGAGCCUUACGCAGACCCUUAUUAUGACUAUGAGAUAGAACGGUUCUGGUGUGGCAGGCAGUACAAGAAUUUCCAGGUGCAGUACACAGAAGUGGAGCCGUACCAUAACUACCGGGAAAGGGAGCGGGAACGAGAGCAAGAGAACAGACGGCGGGAGCGGGAGCAGGAUCGGGAGCGGGAGCGGGAGUGGGAGCGGCAGCAGCGGGAGUGUGAGUGCGAGCGGGACAAGGAACGGCAGUGGCGGAAGGAGGAGUGGGAGCGCGAGCACGCCAAGCGGGACGAGAAGGACAGACAGCACCACGAGCGUGACAAGGAGCGCGAGAAGGAGAAGCCCAAGGCCCGCUCCCCGCAGCCACCAAGCCAUCAAGCUGAGCCACCAAAGAAGGAGAUGGCCUCUGCCGGGCCCCAGGUGAAGAGAGCCGACGAGUGGAAGGACCCCUGGUGCCGGUCCAAAUCUCCCAAGAAGAAACUUGGGGUAUCAGUCUCCCCUAGCCGGGCACGACGACAUCAAAAAACAUCAGCCUCAUCGGCCUCUGCCUCUAAUUCCUCCAGAGAGAAGCUGCUGAAGAAGCCAGCCCCACCUCCAGCCCCACUGCAGGCCCCCAAAACCACCGCUCCUGCCCCCAAACCCAGAGACCUUCGGGAAGCCAGGAGGAGGGAGAGGCAGGCCAGGAGCCCACCCAGGAGGCAGACUGUCAGCGGCUCUAGUUCCAGAUCCAGGUCCCUGAGCGUGAGCAGCGUCUCCUCCGUGUCCAGCGCCACAUCAAGCAGCAGCUCAGCACACAGCGUGGACUCGGACGACAUGUAUGCGGACCUGGCAAGCCCCGUGUCCUCGGCUAGCUCGCAGAUCCCCACCCCAGCCCAGACCAAGAAGGAGAAAGGAAAGUCUAAGAAAGAAGAUGGUGUGAAAGCAGAUAAGCAGAAGUGGGAUCCGUCCACGCAGCCGCCCAAACCCUCGAAAACCCCCGCGGGCGGCAGGUCCUCCCAGCAGCCCACAACCCCCCAACAGGCACCGCCUGGCCAGCCCCCACCAGCUGCAUUCAUCGCCCACAAGGAGAUCAAGUUGACUCUGCUGAACAAGGCUGCUGAUAAAGGGGGCAGGAAUCGCUACGAGCCCUCGGACAAGGACAGGCAGAGCCCACCUCCAGCCAAGAGGGCCAACCUCUCCCCAGUCUGAGGUUCUCAGGACCAAAAGUCAGGUAGGAGACUCAGCUCCCCGAAGCCAGAGCGGCAGAAGGUCCAGAAUUCCAAGGCACCUGCGGCCCCGACAGACAGGAAGUGCCCAUUGUCCCCCCGGUCCAAGAGCUCCAGCAAGGUCACCAGUGUGCCCGGCAAAGCCUCGGACACCAGUGCUGCUGCCGGAGUGUCCACGGGCAACAAGUCAGGGAAGGCCAGCGUGCUGUCCCGGCAGGAGGAGCUGCUGAAGCAGCUGAAGGCCGUGGAGGACGCCAUUGCCCGCAAGCGGGCCAAGAUCCCCGGGAAGGUGUAG